AUGUCGGACCAGUACGAAGGCGAGGGUGAGGUCGAGUACUUCGACCCCCGCCCCAGCAAAAUCACCUGGAUCGCCCGCGUCCUCGUGCUCGUCAGCACCGCUGCACUCCUCGCGCUCCUCGCCCACGGCCACAUCGAGCAGUGGUGGACAUCAGGCUGGAUCGAGGGCCAGGCGUGGUUCGUGCUCGCCGCCAUGGCCGGCUUCUUCACCCUCCCGACAUACCUCCCCUGGCCCAAGAACCGGAUUCCGGACUGCGCGGCCCUUGUCUUCUCCCUCAUCCCCAGCCUGAGCAUGACCAUCUGGGUCGCCGUUGUCAUCUUUGCGCACAAGGGCCCCCAGACCCCAGUCAUGUCCGGCAUGAUCGCCUCGCUGCCCCAGCAGGACCCCCAGUGGUGGCAGCGCAUCAUCGCCGCCGGCGCCUGCCAGAUCGUCCAGUCCGUCGGGAUGUUUGUCAUUGCUGGGACUGGGUUCGCGAAUGUCAUGGACGUCGUGCGCGGCCGCGGUGGUGGUGGCGGUGGUGGUGGCCGCCGUGGCGCGCCAGUGGACGACGAGGAGCAGUGCCAUGAGGGCUGGCAUGGAGAUGAUGAAGGAUAUUAUUAA